AAAUGCGACUUAUAGUAUAACCAAAAACGCUGUGCUGUUAUUGAAUAAAAACAGGCAAGCAAACGAAGCUCUGGGAAUUGCAGAUCUAACAGUCGCUCCCGAUAUAUACUGAUUCACUCUACUGCCCUUGACGGAAUCCAUUGAUCCUGAGCUACAUAACUCAAGACAACCCGAAAAUCGUUCUCCGGAGCUCCGAUCUCCUUGCCUACCGACAGGUAUAAGGUGAAAAAUGGAAAAAUCUUGUUCUCUGCUGGUGCAUUUUGACAAGGGCACACCAGCGCUCGCUAAUGAAAUCAAAGAGGCACUUCAAGGAAAUGAUGCAUCAGCUAAGGUUGAUGCUAUGAAAAAUGCCAUCAUGCUUUUGCUUAAUGGUGAAACCUUGCCUCAGCUGUUCAUAACUAUAGUUAGAUAUGUGUUACCAUCUGAGGACCAUACCAUUCAGAAACUGCUAUUGCUGUACUUGGAGAUCAUUGAUAAGACUGAUGGAAAGGGGCGUGUGUUGCCAGAAAUGAUCUUAAUCUGCCAGAAUCUCCGUAAUAAUCUCCAGCACCCCAAUGAAUACAUCCGUGGUGUCACUCUAAGGUUCCUUUGCCGGCUUAAUGAAGUGGAGAUAAUUGAACCUUUGAUCCCCUCCAUUAUGUCAAACUUGGAACACCGGAACCCUUACGUCAGGAGGAAUGCCAUUCUUGCUGUGAUGUCAAUUUACAAGCUCCCACAAGGUGAGCAGCUGUUGGUUGAUGCCCCAGAGACUAUUGAGAAGUUCCUCUCGACGGAGCAAGACCCAUCAACUAAGAGGAACGCCUUUCUGAUGCUUUUCAACUGCGCACAGGAUCGUGCCAUUAAUUACCUUUUGACCAAUGUUGACAGGGUACCAGAUUGGGGUGAACUUAUGCAAAUGGUUGUAUUGGAGCUGAUUCGGAAAGUCUGCAGGACAAACAAAGCAGAGAAAGGGAGAUAUAUUAAGAUUAUUAUUUCUUUACUGACUGCUCCCUCAGCAGCUGUUGUUUAUGAGUGUGCUGGAACCCUUGUUUCCUUGUCAUCUGCUCCCACAGCUAUUAAAGCAGCAGCAAAUACAUACUGCCAACUUCUUCUCUCACAGAGUGACAAUAAUGUUAAGCUUAUUGUGCUUGAUCGACUGAAUGAACUUAAGACUUCCCACAAGGAUAUUAUGGUUGACUUGAUAAUGGACAUUCUGAGAGCUCUAUCAAGCCCUAACCUUGAUAUUCGAAGGAAAACACUUGAUAUUGUUCUUGAAUUAAUCACACCCCGCAAUGUCAGUGAGGUGGUGCUUACUUUGAAGAAGGAAGUCGUAAAAACUCAAAGUGGGGAGCUUGAGAAAAAUGGGGAAUACCGCCAAAUGCUCAUUCAAGCUAUUCAUUCGUGUGCUAUAAAGUUUCCUGACGUUGCUAGCACAGUGGUCCAUUUGUUAAUGGAUUUCUUGGGAGACAGCAAUGUAGCAUCUGCUGUAGACGUUGUUGUUUUUGUGAGAGAAAUUAUUGAAACUAACCCGAAGUUGAGGGUUUCCAUCAUUACUAGGCUUUUGGAUACUUUUUACCAGAUCCGAGCAGCAAGGGUUUUUUCUUGUGCUCUUUGGAUUAUUGGAGAGUAUUGUCUAUCUCUUUCUGAAGUUGAAAGCGGCAUUGCAACCAUCAAGCAGUGCCUUGGAGAGUUGCCCUUCUUUUUGGUUUCUGAAGAUGAGGAUGCUGCGGAUUCUUCAAAGAAAGCCCCACAGGCAACUUCUAUCACGGUUUCAUCUAGAAGACCAGCUAUCCUUGCUGAUGGAACUUAUGCCACUCAAAGUGCUGCCUCAGAAACUGUUUUCUCCUCUCCAUCUGUAAUGCAGGGAUCUUUGACGGUAGAGAAUUUGAGAUCUCUUCUUCUCACUGGUGACUUUUUCCUUGGGGCAGUUGUUUCAUGUACCCUAGCAAAGCUCAUUUUAAGAUUAGAAGAGGUUCAACCAUCAAGGAUUGAGGUGAACAAGGCAACCACAAGUGCAUUACUGGUGAUGGUCUCAAUGCUACAGUUAGGACAAUCCUCAGUUCUCCCACACCCAAUUGAUAAUGAUUCUUAUGACAGGAUUGUUAUCUGUAUAAGGUUGUUGUGUAACACAGAGGACACUCUGAGGAAGAUCUGGUUAAAGUCUUGCCGUGAGAGUUUUGUUAAGAUGCUUUCAGAUAAACAACUGCGUGAAACUGAAGAAAUUAAAGCUAAAGCUCAGGUUUCUCAUUCACAGCCAGAUGACCUUAUUGACUUCUACCAUCUGAAGAGCCGAAAGGGCAUGAGCCUGCUGGAGCUGGAAGAUCAGGUCCAAGAUGAUCUUAAACGAGCUACUGGGGAAUUUGUUAAGGAUGCAGAGGAUGCAAAUAAGUUAAACCGCAUCAUUCAACUCACAGGGUUCAGUGACCCAGUCUACGCUGAAGCUUAUGUAACAGUUCAUCAUUACGAUAUUGUCCUGGAUGUGACAGUUAUAAAUAGAACCAAGGAGACUCUUCAGAAUUUGUGUUUGGAGUUGGCUACAAUGGGUGAUCUUAAACUUGUUGAGCGCCCACAGAAUUAUACUCUAGCACCUGAGUCUAGCAAGCAGAUAAAAGCAAAUAUUAAGGUGUCCUCUACGGAAACUGGAGUCAUAUUUGGCAACAUUGUUUAUGAAACAUCAAAUGUGCUUGAUCGGAAUGUUGUUGUCCUUAAUGAUAUUCAUAUCGAUAUCAUGGAUUACAUCUCUCCUGCCGCAUGUAGUGAUGCUGCUUUUAGAACCAUGUGGGCAGAAUUUGAAUGGGAGAACAAGGUUGCCGUCAACACGACAAUUACAGAUGAGAAAGAAUUCCUUGACCACAUUAUCAAAUCAACCAACAUGAAAUGCCUAACUGCACCAUCUGCCUUAGAAGGUGGGUGUGGUUUCUUGGCAGCCAACUUGUAUGCCAAAAGUGUAUUUGGGGAGGAUGCUUUGGUCAAUAUCAGCGUAGAGAAACAGGCAGAUGGCAAACUUAAUGGAUAUAUCAGGAUAAGGAGUAAGACUCAGGGCAUUGCCCUCAGCUUGGGUGACAAGAUUACCCUCAAGCAGAAAGGAGGGAGCUGAUCUUCUUUGUGGAUUUGAUGGCUUUUGUUCAGGUCAGGCUGAAAACUGGUCUGCGACUAUAAGGAGUUGUAUCGAGAGCAUAUAAUAGUCUUGUUUUGGCACAUCUUCUUUUCUGUUUUCAAUUUGUGUUACAAAGAAAAAAAAAAUUGAAAGCUGAACUAAUUUGGAGGUUAUAUUUUCGGUGGAGGUUGGGAAAGAAAUACAUUGACCAUCAUUAGGCUUUCAGUCAAACUUUUGAAAUAAUUGUGAACUCGUUAUUUUUUUGGUGGAAUGAUUGUAAUAAAACGUAUUGUCCAUUGCAAAUGGAGCUGGA